GAGGUGGGGCUUAUUGGGGGUGAGAAAAGGUGUGUGUAUCUCUGCUGUUUAAUGUCUGUUUUUUUAAAAAGGAAAUCUAUACUACACCAAAUAUGCUUUCUUUUUGGUGGACUUUGACUUGACCCUUUCCAGAUAAACGAACCAUGGAAAAACUUCACUGCAAGAUUAGAAAGACUCCUGAACCUAAUACCCACCUGAUAUCGUGGGCCACACCUCUGGGUUACCAGGAGAAGGGAGGAAGCAAACUGUCACAUUGAUGUCGCUCUAAACAACAACAGUGUGCAGAGGCCCAGGGGCACUUCGGGAUUGACCAAGAGGAAACUCACGUUGCACAAUGAUACGAUCUUGUUGCUACAAUUGUCAGAGAAGGGCACUCCCACAGCAAAGGGCAUAAAACCAUGCAGAGCAGUCUGGGGCGGCUCAGUUCUGCGGUGCCAGGGAGUGGAGCAGAGCCCAGCCCCAUCCCAAACACAGAUGGGACCAUGAACUCCAGACACAGCUUCAGCCAGACCCCCUCGGCUUCCUUCCAUGGCACUGAAGGGGGCUGGGGCCAGCCCAGGAGCUUCCCCCGGGCUCCCAGUGUCCAUGGUGGUGCAGGGGGAGCCCGCAUCUCCCUGUCCUUCACCACACGGGGCUGCCCACCCACCGCAGGGUCUUGGGAUUCUGGAAGACGCAGCCCCCUCCUAGGUGGAAAUGGGAAGGCCACCAUGCAGAACCUCAACGACCGGCUGGCCUCCUACCUGGAGAAGGUACGCGCCCUGGAGGAGGCCAACAUGAAGCUGGAAAGCCGCAUCCUGAAGUGGCACCAGCAGAGAGAUCCUGGCAGUAAGAAAGAUUAUUCCCAAUACGAGGAAAACAUCACACACCUGCAGGAGCAGAUCGUGGAUGGUAAGAUGACCAAUGCUCAGAUUAUUCUUCGCAUUGACAAUGCCAGAAUGGCAGUGGACGACUUCAACCUCAAGUAUGAAAAUGAACACUCCUUUAAGAAAGACUUGGAAAUUGAAGUCGAGGGCCUCCGAAGGACCUUGGACAACCUGACCAUUGUCACAACAGACCUAGAACAGGAGGUGGAGGGAAUGAGGAAAGAGCUCAUUCUCAUGAAGAAGUGCCAUGAAGAGGAAAUGGAGAAGCAUCAUGUGCCAAGUGACUUGAAGGUCAACGUGAAGGUGGAUACAGGUCCCAGGGAAGAUCUGAUUAAGGUCCUGGAGGAUAUGAGACAAGAAUACGAGCUGAUAAUAAAGAAGAAGCAUCAAGACUUGGACACUUGGUAUAAAGAACAGUAUGCAGCCAUGUCCCAGGAGGCAGCCAGUCCAGCCACCGUGCAGAGCAGACAAGGUGACAUCCACGAGCUGAAGCGCACAUUCCAAGCCCUGGAGAUUGACCUGCAGGCACAGUACAGCACGAAAUCUGCUUUGGAAAACAUGUUAUCUGAGACCCAGUUUCGGUACUCCUGCAAGCUCCAGGACAUGCAAGACAUCAUCUCCCACUACGAGGAGGAACUGAUGCAGCUACGCCACGACCUGGAGCGACAGAACAAUGAGUACCAAGUGCUGCUGGGCAUCAAAACCCACCUGGAGAAGGAAAUCACCACGUACAGACAGCUCCUGGAGGGAGAGAGCAAAGGGACAAUGGAAGAAUCAAAGUCGAGCAUGAAAGUACGUUAAAGAUGGAACAGGUACUGCUUUGAAGGAGAAAAGGAACAAGAAAGAGGAAGAAACAACAGAAGUUUAACUUUGUUUAGCCCAGUAUUCCCAAAUAUCUUUGACCUGGAAACAUACUUUCUCAGAUCACCUUUAAUUGCUCACAGAAAAGUUCCAGGAGACCAUAGUCUGGGACAAGUGGCACUUUCUGAUUAGUUUAUGAUAUAUCUACACUAAGGCAUUGGAGAUUCAAAGUUGAAGUAAUCGUCACAGAACAGCUGAUCUAACUUCCACCCCUCUACAAAAUAAGACAAGGGUCUUUGAGCCUCUCUUCACACAUGUCCUAGGAUGAGAAACCCAUACUUGAUGGUACAGACCCAUUGGAGAGGUUUUAUUUUAACAAAAUUCUCCCUUGUAAUUUUAUUAAUGAUUUCAGUUCUUCCCUGUGGAAUAGAAUUGGUUUAUUGAUGUUUCAACAGGCAUUUAUUCAAGUAAGUUAUAUAUUUGAAAACAGCCAUGGUAAGCAUCCCUGGCUUCUCACCCAGCCCUCAUGUGGCAUGCUUUCUAGACCUUAAAAUGAGGUACCUCCAAUGGCCCUGAGUGCUCUGUAAGCUCAAGGAAUCUGUGCAGCACUACAAAGCCCACAUGCAGAGAAAGAAUUCCCCAAGUGCUUGUGGUCAGAGACUAGGUUCCACAUGAAGCACACCUAUGAUGAAGGUCUUCACCUCCAGAAGGUGACACUGUUCAGAGAUCCUCAUCUCCUGGAGAGUGGGAGAAAAUCCCUCCUUGAGGAAAUCCCUUUUCCCUGCAGCAGAGCCCGCCAUAUUGCUUAGUGAUCAUUUUGGAAGGCGCCAAGAGCCUUCAGGGGCUGACGGCAGGGAACUGGAAAUGAGUACAGUUCAGAUGGUGGAGGAGGCAUGGCAGUGACGUCUUCCGUACUCUUUUUCUCAGCGUCUGCAACUCGAAAGAUCAAGACCAUAACACAGGAGACCGUCAAUGGAAGAUUAGUUCUUUGUCAAGUGAAUGAGAUCCAAAAGCAAGCAUGAGACCAAUAAACAUUUCUGCCUGUUGUAAAAUCUAUUUUCCCCCAAGGAAAGUCCUCGCCCAGACACUAAUGAGUGAGUUCUCAAAGAUAUCCUUGGAGUUAUCAGAGUCAGAAACUUUUAUUUUUUUCCUCUGUAACGAUCUCACCAGAUUUCUUAUCAUGCUCUUAAUAUAUUGCACUUUUCGAAUCAGUGUGAGUGUAUGAGUUAAAGCUCUCCUUUCCUACUGUAGCCUUCAGAUUCUCAUCAUUGUGCAUCUAUUUUGUAGCCAAUAAAACUCCACACUAGC